AUGGCAAAUCCGAACAUAAACCAACCAUUCACCGCACGUACAAUUCGCUCAGCGACAUACGAUAAUGUUUAUCUCCGCUGCGACGGAAGAGGCGUCAAUGGCUUUAUGCCUUUUGGUGGUGGUGUUGUAAAUGCGCAAUAUGGAGCUGGCGAAUACGAAAAAUUCAAUUUUAUACCGCAAGGGGACGGCUCAUAUGCCAUUCAAUCAUCAAAAUUUCAAACUUAUCUUCGUAUUCAGUCGCUCAUUCCUGUGUUUAGUUCUAAUGGUAUAGGAACAGUGAAUGUUCAGAAUUCUAUUAUAAGUCAACCUGAUGGUAGUUAUGCGAUCCAGUCUAAAUCAUUUGGGACAUUUCUUCGAUUGGACGGUAGUCAAGUCACCUCGUUUAAUGCUGCAGGUUCUGGCAUUGCAAAUGCUCAAACACUUGUUGGAUUUAUGGAAAAAUUUAUUAUCGAGCCACCGUUAACUCAUUCCACGCCUGUCAAUAAUGACCCGCAAUUCUUGUCUGUAUUAUUCUAA